CUAAAAAUAUGGCGGUCGCUAAACAAUGUUUAUAAUCAUUUUUCAUAGAUACGAUGUCUACCAUACAGACUGCGGCAUCUGGAUUUCUAUCCAUUCAGCAUGAGAGCCCACAUGAGACAGACUACUGUGCUGACCCCACAGACGUUCAUGCCGUUGAUUAUAAUGGGCGGUGUAUGUUGUAAACGUAAGGGAGAGCCAUUUCCAGGUAUAAGUAAAACAGAGUUUGAAAGCAGUUAUGACGUAGACGAAAUCGAAUCCGAUGGUGAGUAUCAGCCGGCAUCUUUUCAAGACGAUGACACCUACCAAAGCAAGGGACCUUCCUCCCCGUCCCACGAGACGACCCCAGCGGCCCCGAAAGUUAUCUCCGAGGAGAAGGCGGCGGUUAAAGAGACCAAGCCGAAGCCCAAGGGCAAAGCCAACCCCAAAGCCAACACCAAAGCCAACCCCAAAGCCAAACCCAAAGCCAACCCCAAAGCCAACCCCAAACCCACCCCGACACAGAAGGCGCCGAGCAAAAAGAACACGGAAAAGACCAGCACGAAAGCGCCCGAGGACACCACUCCGCCUUCGACUUCUGAAUCGUCUUCCGAAGGCUCGUCAGGAGAUAGUGUAGGAUCUACGACGCCUGAUAAAGAGUUGGACGUGGCAGCGUUAAGAAAGGACGUUUUAAAAGCGCACAACAAAUUUAGAGAACUUCACAAUGCGCCACCCCUGAAACCAAGCAAUGAGCUGUGUCGUAUGGCUCAAACAUGGGCAGAUCACCUGGCUAAGAUAGGGGAGAUGAAACACAGCGAUGUGCAACAGCGGGACGGUGCAGGGGAGAAUAUCGCGGCACAUAGUGACCUCAUCAGUGGUGAAGAGAUAGUCAAGAUGUGGUAUGAUGAGGUAGAAGACUACGACUUCGCGAAGCCCGGGUUCAGCUAUGACACCGGUCACUUCACUCAGCUGGUCUGGGUGGAGACGGCCUACGUAGGGUUCGGCGCCUCGUCCGUCAAAGGUGAUGAUAACAUGUACAAGUUCGUGGCCAACUACAAGCCUGCGGGGAAUUACGAAGGGGAGUUUAAAAAGAACGUCUUACCGCGGAAAUAAUAAAUACCGGGUUAUCUUUCUUUAUCUGUUUUGUACAA